AUGGUGACAAAUGCAUUGACACACCAAGAAAAUGUAGUUCCAUCUUCCACGGACAAACGUUCAGCACCAGGGAGACCCGUCGGAGACGUUCAUUCACGGGUAGAUUCCCCGGUAGAUCUCACGGAACCUCAGGCUGCUCCUCUAGGUUCUGGUGACCCCCAAGAUGCCCAGCCAUCAGCAUCAGUCGAAGUUAAGUCGAAACACUCCCAAUCGCGUAUUGUUUCAACAUAUUCGCCAAUCGCGGAUCCUCCUCCGGGGUCGUUGAGAAUUUCAAUCAAACAAUUAUCGAGCAAUGCAGGGUCUCAAAAUCGAAUGCCCAAGGACGGCACAAGUGUCCCUAUCAGUUAUACCGAUAAAAACAAGAACACAGAAUGUUUGACUCAGAGUGUUUCGCCAGUAGCGCUCUUAGAGUUACUGUCGCAGACCGAAAUUCUCCGCCUCUGUCUCCUGGAACCCAAGCAACGCGCACUCCAAAUCUCUAUGCUCACGGUACAGACUCUCGAGCUCUUGGAAAGCCCGUCCCUUUGGUUGCUCGCGGAUCCUCCGGAACUGCCUUGGUCGGUCCUUUCCCGCAGACGUUACAGAAAGAGACCGCCACUGGAGCGAGCAGCGGCGGCUUGUCUGCUGUCGAACAGGACUUUGUCGAUAUGCAUGUCGAUAUGCACGACAUAG